AUGAAGAGGAGAUGUGUUAGUCUUUGGAACGGGGAGGCUGGUCCGAAGGCCUUUGGCUUCGGCGACGACAUCCUACGAAAUGCCGCUGAAAACAAAUGGAAUUCGAGUCUCGAUAGGACCAAUUCGUGGAUCCGAACUUGCAACGCGCACACGGAGAUCGUCGUCACCACGACCCUGGUCGCGAAUGCAAUUGUGGGGACGAUUUUGAGGGAAUUUUGCCGUUUUCCGAGGGGAGGGAUCGCAGAGCAUGCUGCACGGCGUCGAGAAGGAGUGGAUCAAUCUCUUGUGGGGUUUGGAGCAUUUGAGAUGACGCACUUGGUGCCAUGGGAGAGCUGGCAGCAGUGGCGCCAUGUCCGCAGCUGCUUCUUCUCCAAUUCGCCUGCACGGAUUGCUGAAGCUCUGGAUCGGGUUUUAGCAUGGCAGAGCAGGGGAGUCCUGCCGAUGGCUGUGGAAAUAACCUCGGAACUCAUAAGUAUUCAACAGCGCGAUUCUCGCAUGAACACCGACUUACCCCCAAAUGUAGCUGUGCCGGCGGAGAUGCUUCGAAUGAUGUACUCGAUGGCGAUCGUGAGAUUUGUGAACGGGGUGGUGGAUCAGUCUGUAAGGCGCAUCACGCCCUCAGGGACAAGUAAAGCUGAAGAAGUUCGUCUUCCGCGUAUUUUUCUUGAUAUUCGUCAUGAAACUUCGCAUAAUGAGCUCCCAUCUCUGCCCCUUGUGCGUCGUGCAAGCAAACAGGCUCUAGCAUGGUUGCAAAAAUAUUACUGGGAGGACCAGGAGCAGCUGUUGCCAGAUACCCAAGAUUCUCUGAAGACCAAGCUUAUUGAACAUGCUCAAGUAAUCUACGAAAUUUUGGUUACUCAGCAACGAUUGUUGAGUAAGGAGCCUAAAGGACAAGAAUACAAUCUGCAACGAUGGACCCUCAAGCGGGCUCUUAAAGGCAUGAAACGGCAACAACAAUCUUUGUUAAGGGAGUUACUGGAGCUUAUAUCCUCUGGGACUUCCGAACUUGCAUCUCUGUUGGUGAAGCAAGGACUCUUGAUUCAUGAUCUAAGUCUCAGUUGUAGCUCUCGUAUGCCCAGUAAUGACUUCCUCGAAUAUCGAAACAGCAGUGAUUUUGAAGGGGUUCUGCAAUCCCGAUCUUCUUGUGAUAAUUUAGGUACCGCUGUGAAACACGAAAACAACUCUGUAGCGGCAUGGAGACAUACCUGCGUGCAGUUGGCAUAUCACAUGCCUCAGCUACCAUCUCUUCUGCUCUCAAGCAUUAUCGAAACCCUGGCUACGAUGUCCCAUAAUUCAAGUUCUAAGAUGGAGUCAAAAGAGAAUACGGUAGCCUUUAUGAGCAAAGAGGACCUGCUGGAAUGGGCAACAUGGAUGCUUGAUCAAUCAUCUGCUCUUUCGAAGAAAAAGAAGUCACCAUCCGGUAUAUCUGAUUUUAUCGAAACAAGUGCAAAUGUGCAAAUGCACGCAGAUUUCCCACAAGACUCUCUGAAGGAGCUUGGACAUUUAUGUUUGCGCAGCAAAAUUGACAAGGCAUGCCUUGUUGAGCUUGUCUCUCGCAUUUCGGCACUAGUCAACGAAGGCUCUUUUCGCCGCUGUGCUAAAGUGCUAGAAAGAUGUAGUCCAUCAUGUUCAGUCGGGGGGAACUUUCAAGACGUGGGGGUCGAUGUAAAUAUGAAGGAAGUUGGAAGAAACUUCGUAGGUCAUGAAUCAGUCAGUAGGUCACAAAGCAAGGCUGUUGGAGAACUGGAGUCGGAGACUGCCUUUAUCAAGGCAAGAGAGUUGCAACAGAUGUCAAUGGCUAAGUAUGUUGCAAGUGUGAAGGCCUUCGAAUGUUCAAGCCCAAUAGAAUCUUUAGCAAUUGCAGGACCUUGGCUACAAGCUGAGCAGUGGACCCCGUGUGCCAAAAGAUCUGUCCCUUCAGCACAUGGUAAUGAAGCUGCUAUUCAUCCUAUUGACCUGAAACAGAACGCUUCAGUCUCAUUUGAACUCGGCCAUUCUGGAAGAGAAUCUGAGUUUACUCGUGAGACUCGAUCCGUGAGAUUUAAGCUGUCGACUGUUGUCAGCAAUCAUUGCAACGGACAAGACUCCAAAAGGAAAACAUUUGAAACCCAGACUGAGAGUUCACCCCAAGUUUUUUUCAAAAGAAAGCGGUUAGAAGAUCAGCCAAUGAUUGAAGAAACCAGAAUUGUAAUUUAUGACAAGGGCAAUGGCUCUGAUGGAGACGAGGAACAAUUAGUGCUGACUGAUGAUACCGGAUGGAUGGAUUGUGAUGGUGAGUGCUCAGAACCUAUGGAUGAAGACCAUGCAUUUCUGGAUGAUGAUAGAUCUGGAAAAGUUGUUCCUUGCAUGGAUGAAAGUAUUAGCGAUUGCUCAAUGGAACAUAGACCCCUAAACAUCAGUCCUAAGACAGAAGAGGUAACUGUAACAUGUCAAGGCUGUUUGUUGCAGGGCGGCUCCUCUCUGCAGGAGCUGCCAAAUUUGCAGGCAGCAAUUCGUGUGCUCUAACGGAUGCUUGUAUUUUUUUCUGUCAACUGUCUCACCAACUCUAAUUAUAUUUUUUUUAAGGGGCCCUAGUCAUCCA